GUUGGUUCUUCAUCCCAGCUGUACCGAGUACACCUUUGUCACACACCCCUUUACAGCGUCACACAAACACACCAUCUGCUAAAUUCGAGCAUCACGAUCGUGCUACGAGGCCAACAGAACGUCGGUUUUCGAGUUCUCCUCGCUUCAACUUUCAUCGGUGCAACCGUAGCCCUGGGACUACAGUUAUCGACGUUCGGUCUUAAACACCACUCCCCACUUCAUCUCUCGAGAAGAUCCACGAUGGCUUGGAGGUGCAGCGGAGCAACCAACAAGGAGCUGAUUGCGAAUUUGAAAAGUGGAGGGAUUUUCCACUCUGACAGGGUGAUGAAGGCGAUGGCGGCUGUUGAUCGAGGCAACUACGUUCGCGACAAGUCGGACGCAUACAAAGAUUCGCCGCAACCUAUCGGCCAUGGCGCAACAAUCAGUGCCCCUCAUAUGCACGCCUACGCCUCCGAACAUCUCCUCCCAUACCUCCGCCCCGGUGCCCGCGUUCUCGACAUUGGAAGCGGCUCGGGCUACCUGGCCGCAGUUCUUCACCACCUCGUCUCACCCGGUGGCAAGGUUGUCGGCAUUGAGCACAUCCCUGAACUGGCGGAAUGGAGCAUCGGCAACCUGAAGAGGGAUGGAUUGGGCGAAGCAUUGGACAAGGGGGAAAUUGUGAUCGUGGCAGGCGAUGGGAGAGAGGGUUGGAAAGACGGCGGUCCCUACGACGCCAUCCACGUUGGAGCAGCAGCGCCGACCGUCCCUCCCGCUCUCCUCGAACAGCUCGCUAGUCCCGGGAGGAUGUUCAUCCCCGUUGGAUCUUGGGACCAGUACAUCGAGCAUAUUGACAAGGACGACAAAGGUCAUGUCACCAAGCAGAAGGUUAUGGGUGUUCGCUAUGUCCCGUUGACUGAUAGGGAUAAGCAAGUCGAAUCAUCGCGAAUGAGAUAA